AUGCGCUGGCCUGGAGGCCCGACAGGAUACAGCGAGCUGGCGCAAAAGGCAAAGCAACUUGAGGUUGGAUUAGUAGUGGUUGGGUCCGAUGACGAUGUGGUCAAUGGUAUCGAGGAGUAUUUCGGAGGAGCUGGAAUCCCAUGUUUCGCGCCCUCACGAAAAGCAGCGGAGCUCGAAGGUUCCAAAGUUUUCGCCAAGACGUUCAUGAAGGAUCAUGGCAUACCUACAGCCUCCCACAGCAGUUUCGACGACUUCGACGAGGCUCAAGCAUACGUGCGUAAGGUUUUUACCGACAAAGAUCACAGAACCGUGAUCAAGGCAGACGGUCUCGCGGCAGGAAAGGGUGUGGUUCUCCCCGAGGACCCCGGCCAGGCUCUUGAGGACCUCAGAAGCAUCAUGAAAGACGGGGUGUUCUCUACAGCCGGGUCUUCGGUAGUGAUUGAAGAGUACAUGGAAGGAUUAGAGAUUAACAUCUUGACCUUCAGUGACGGAAAGACCUUCUUUUCUCUCCCGGCGGGCCAAGACCACAAGAGAAUCCUAGAGGGCAACAAGGGGCCCAAUACCGGAGGUAUGGGUGUUUACGCUCCUGUCCCGAUGGUCACCUCAGAAAUCACACAACAGAUCGAUGAUGAUAUCUUGAGGCCGACAUUCGAGGCUCUCCAGAAACAAGGAUGCCCCUUUCAGGGUUUGCUCUUCGCUGGUGUCAUGAUUACCAAGUCUGGCCCUAAGGUUAUCGAAUACAACGUGCGAUUCGGCGACCCAGAGACUCAGAGCUCCAUGCUUCUCCUGUCUGACGAAACGGACCUAGCGAGUAUCUUGCUAUCAUGCACAAAUGGCACACUCGACCAAAUCAAAGACACCAUUAAAUUCAAACCAGGAUUUGCGUGCAAUAUUGUCAUUGCAUCGGGUGGAUAUCCCGGCGACUACAAGACAGGAACUCGCAAGGACGAGGACGAUGGAUUAUUGAAGACAGCAGGAGGACGAGUAUUCUCGGUAGCUGCCUAUGGAGAGACCUUGCAACAGGCUCGGGACAAGGCUUAUCAGGGGGUUGAGUGCGUGUCGUUUGAGUCUAAGGUCUUCAGGACCGACAUCGCUCAAGGAGGUCUGAGUAAUUGA